UAUUGUACACUAGACAGCAUAACUACCCAGCCCUUCUGCCGGAAGUGACAAAUAGGUGUGUGCGCACCAUGGCAAGCGAAGAGAUUUCUUUUCUCGUGAGGAGGCCGCUGUUCGCGGAUCUUGUGUUGCUGUUUUAUUAUAUUUCCUCAAAAUGGGGUUCGUGAAAGUUGUGAAGAACAAGCAAUACUUCAAGCGUUAUCAGGUUAAAUUCAAGAGGCGUCGCGAAGGUAAAACCGAUUAUUAUGCCCGUAAACGACUGACUAUUCAGGAUAAAAAUAAAUAUAAUACUCCAAAAUACAGAUUGAUUGUUCGUCUUUCCAACAAAGACAUUACAUGCCAGGUCGCAUAUUCGAGAAUUGAAGGAGACAAAAUUGUCUGCGCUGCCUACAGUCAUGAACUGCCAAAAUAUGGAGUUAAAGUUGGUCUUACGAACUAUGCAUCAGCUUAUUGCACGGGACUUUUGUUGGCCAGAAGACUUUUGAAGAAAUUGGGAUUAGACACAUUGUACCCAGGAGUUUCAGAAGUUAAUGGCGACGAAUAUAAUGUGGAGGCAGUGGACGACGGUCCUGGUGCUUUCAGAUGUUAUCUCGACACUGGGUUGAUGCGCACGACCACUGGUGCUCGUGUUUUCGGUGCUAUGAAAGGCGCCGUCGACGGAGGCCUCAACAUCCCUCAUAGCACCAAACGAUUCCCUGGUUACGAUAACGAAUCGAAAUCUUUCAACGCUGACGUUCAUCGGCAGCACAUUUUCGCCCAACAUGUCGCCAAUUACAUGAGAACAUUGGAAGAGGACGACGACGACGCAUUCAAGCGUCAGUUUUCCAAAUACAUUCAAAGCGGAAUUACUGCCGACAGUAUUGAGGGAAUUUAUAAGAAGGCACAUGAAGCAAUCCGAGCAGAUCCAGAGCACAAGAAGGUUAAGAGGGAUACGCCUCCAGUUAAAAAGAGGUGGAAUCGUGCGAAACUCAGUCUUUCCGAAAGGAAGAAUCGUGUUGCUCAGAAGAAGGCGUCCUUCCUCAAGAAACUUGCAGAGAACGAGGAUUGAGUUUCACUUAUUUUGUCUUAAUGACAGUUUUUUACCCAAGAAGUAUUUAUAUAUUUACAUUUUUCUAAUGUACUUUAUAAUCUUCGCGGGAAAUUUCUGUUAUGAGAGUACAAUAAAAAUGCAUAAAAAAAAAUUUUAUAUUGUUUUAAAUGUCAUUAAAAAUUACACAUUACGUUUUAAGAAGAAAUUUAUUAUUAAAGAAAAAAAAUUGUAAAAUUUUAUCAUCAAAUUUUAUUUUUAAUCAAAGGAAAUACACUUUUUUUAAAUAAAAGAAUAGUUAUUAGUUUAA